AUGGCGGGUGUGGUCGCGACCCUCAAGCUGCAGUUUGCAAAGACGAUGUCGCUCGCCGUCUCGAUCUCGGACAACAUCCGCAAGCCUGCGGUCUCCAUCCUCGCUCCCUUCCUCAUCUACUCCCUUCCUCCCGAGCAUCAUCCAUGGAUCAAUCCUAUCCUCGACUUGACCUGCAAGUUCCUGGCCAUGUCUCUGGCAUGGUACCUUUCGCGGAUCAUCUCUGCUGUUCAUUCUGCCAUCAUCGGAGGAUUAGCGGCUUCUCGAGCUUGCAUCCAGCUGCUCAACGACAGGAAACUUAUCACUCUGGACAUAGACAAGUUGCGCAUUCUUGCAACCUUUGCUGACGUCAUCACCAAGUCCAUGAUCGACGAGUACUCUGGUUGGACUCUCGCUGCCAUGGGCAUCUUGUUCCAACUCGGCCAAGGUAUGCAGCUGAGCUUUCCCCUCAACAUCCUCCUCCUCCCACUGUCGUUUGUGGAAGUUUCUCUACAAUGGGCGGUGACCUUCAUGAAGUGA